AGAAAUUCUAAAUGAAAUAAUAUUUUUGGAGGAGUGAAAUCGAUAAAUGAAUGAAUGAAUGGACUUAUUUAUAUUAGCUUGUUUUAAUUAAUGCUAGAGAAUAAAUGAAAUUGCAAAUAAAUUAAUCAAUCAAAUCAAUGAAUCAAAUCGGUGAAAAAAGCAAAAAACUAAAAGAUUAUUUUCUGUUAAGUAUUGAAAAUGAAUUAAGCUGAAAAAAAUAAAUAAACAAACAAACAUCUAUUUCAUAAUAAGGCUGGUUAAUAGUCAUUAGUAUGUUUUUUAAAGGAAUAUGAAAAACUGAAGUCUUUCAAUUGAUUGGAGCUAUAAAAUGAAAGGAGUAAAAAAAUUUAAAAAGUAAAAACAUUAAACACUUUAAAAUAAAAAGAAAGCGUCUUUUUUCAAUAAAGAGAAAGGAAAAAUCAAAAAAAGUUCUAAAAGGGCGAAAUAACUUAAAAAAAUGAAUCUAGGGGAUAAACAAAAGAAGCCAGCAAUCACCAACCAACCCAGUAAGAGAAUGGCUACUGGGUAAGGCCAGAAUAGCAAAGACUUAAAGCCUUAUGUCGAAGUGAAAUUAGUAACAUGGAAUAAGGACUCUCAUGGGCUCUUUGAUUACGAAAGCAAAAGUGUUGAUCUUAAAUUCAUAAAAAUAGAAACUCCUUGUGAAAUCUAUCGCUUGAAGAAAGAACCUGCUGCGGAUGGUUCAAAAGAAAAGGAAGAAUUUAAACUAUUAGAUUCACCUAUAGAACAAAAUAACAAAGAAAAUUUAACAAACAAAAAUUCUGUGUUCCUAGCAUCAAUAGACGUUAACGAAGCAGUUAUGAGAGGUUCCUAAUUCUAGUUCAACGCAUUCAGAGAUAGCUUGGGUACUUUUAAUGAAAACUAGCAAUAACAAGAAUCUUACUUGAUUGUAAGAAGUUUGAAAAAUGAAAAAAAUGUUUAAAAAGGCUAUGAACUCAAAAUAGGAGACAUAGUGAAGUUUGGAAGAAUUGAAUAUUAAGUCAUUCAAGUAAGAAAUAAAGACGAGUAGGCAUAAAUCAGGAAUAUCUAAAAAUAAAUACAUUUUCAAGAUGAAUAGAUGAUAAAUGAAUCUCAACAAAGAUAAUGUAAAAUUUGUUUAGGUGAAGAAGAAACUGCUGAUAACUUCUUUUGCAAUCCCUGCGAUUGUAAAGGAAGCUGUGAAUAUGUGCAUUUUGAAUGCUUAAAGAACUGGAUUUAGUCAAAAGUAAAGCAAAAAAAAGCAGACAACACAAUAGUUUAUAGUUGGAAAAAAAGUGAUUGCGAGCUAUGUAAAAAACCUCUCCCUAAACAUGUUAAUUAUCAUAAUAAAUUGAAUGAUCUACUUGAUGUUGAAAUACCAGACGAUAAACCUUACAUCAUUUUAGAAUCAAUUGCUAAGGAAAAGAAAGUUGUCAAAACCCUCUUCAUUUUCUCUACAAAUGUUGAAGAUAAAGAAAUAAAAUUGGGAAGAGGACACUAAUGCGAAGUAAGAAUUUCAGAUAUUUCUGUCAGCAGAACUCACUCAAUGAUUAAAUAUAAAGAUGGAAAAUUUACCAUUUUCGAUAAUAAUAGUAAGUUUGGUACUCUGAUUAAAAUCAAUGAAAAUUUAGAUAUAGUAAGCGAUAAAAAAGCUGUUUAAAUUGGAAGAACUGUUAUUACUUUUGCAUAAAAGAUGGGUAGUGUUGGCCAAGGAAAUUAAUUCUAAGAGAGAAGUGAAACGUAAAAAAUAAAUAGCCACCAUCAUCAUCACCAUAAUCACAAUUUCCCUAACGUUUAAAUUUUAAAUGGAGCUCCUAAUAGUCCAAUUGUUCCUCAUAAUCAACCCCUUCCUAAUGGAAGCUCUAAUGGAGGAAGUCAAACAAAUAUUCCUGUCAAUGGAUAGGCACCAAUAAACAAUUACAAUGGAUAUUAUAAUAAUGGAUUUUAUGGAAACCUUUAAUAAUAAGUUUAAUUUUCUGCAGCAGAAAGUGCAUAAUACGCUUACUUGCAGCAAAUAAAUUAAGGAUAAGUUGCGAAUUAAAUAGGAAACUAAUAAAUACAGUAAUAAAAUACAAAUAUUUAUUCAAUUCCUUCUCAAUAUUAAAACAAUACUUAUCCUACAUAUUAAGCUGGUAGUGACCAAACAGUACUCAAAUAAAGCAAUAAAAGUAACAGAUAAUAGUGAUAGACCAUGACAUUCAUUAAUAAUCUUAAACAAGUUUUCUUUAGAGGCUAUUUGAAAAUAACUAAUAAUUAAUCUCUAAAGUAUUACUUUUUCAAAUUUAUCUCUUGUUCAUAUAAAUAAAAACAGGAUAUCCAUCAAUCAAUCAACCCAAUAAAAUUAAAAUGAUAAUAAAAUUAACAAGAAUUCUUUUAAAAUAAUAAUUGAUUCAUAAAUUCAUCAUUACUGUUAUUUAUCCAUCAAUAGCAAAUAAUAAUUCUUACUAUCGAUAAUCAAUCAAUCUUACAUUCAUACAUACAUACGUACAUUCUUCAUUCUAUAAUUACAUACGUUGAUAUAUACUUACAUAUAACCAAAAUAAAACUAUUUGAUUAUUAUAAAUAAAAAAUAAUAUGUAUAUUAAUAAAAUAAUAAUAUCAGUAAAAAAUAUUUAUCACUUUAAUAUUUUAAAUAAUGAUAAAUCAAUUCUUCAAUAAAUGAAUCAAUCUUCUAUCUAUCUAUCUUUGUAAUAGUUCUCAAUCGUAUGCUCUGAUUACUUCAAUCAAUUUAAAACUAGCAAAAUAUGUUUAAACAGGCAAUCUAACAAGAAAAUCACUCCUAUAAAAUGUGCAUUAGAAGAAUCAACAGUGAUGAUUACUAAUUAAUUAAUUAUUUAAAUCCUUUUUAAUAUGUCUCAUAAUUAAUUAAUCGAUUGCAGUUAGUUAGUUAUCACACAAUAGCAUGAAGCUCUGUUAGUUUAUAUUAAAUAAAUACAUACUAUAUAAUUAAAAUUAUUCAUUUCAAGAAUUUUAUACUAUAUAUUAGAUACAUGUAUGAGUUAAUUCUACAAUUAAUUGCUUU